CACUGAUGUACAAUGUUAACAGAGAAUGCUGUCUGCGAAUGAUAAAUGAAAAUAUUACUAAUAAUUCUUGUGGAGUUCCAAACUCCAAAGCGUCAUUUCCUUUCCUCACUUUCCCCAGCAUAUGACUCUGCAAUGUUGUUUUCUUAAAGAAAAACAGAUUUGUCUCGGCUUCCUCAGUGUGCUUUCCGGGUUUGCUGGAUGGGAAGUUUCCUGUAUUUGUCACAGACACACACUGUAUUCAGUUUUAGUCAUGGGCUGACAUACGGUCACAACACUUACAGCCUCUGCAAUUAAACCCUCUGUGCAAAGUGGCGUCAAAGAAAAGAACUUGUAGAGUUGCACCUUCUGAAUUCCAGCAGAUAUGGCAAGCAUGAUCACUGCUAAAAGUCUGGACUACAUCGACUUGGCCUCUUUGAGAGAACCUGCUGGAAUAUUUGAGCUAGUCGAGGUUGUUGGAAAUGGAACGUAUGGACAAGUUUAUAAGGGAAGGCACGUCAAAACUGGACAACUUGCAGCGAUUAAAGUAAUGAAUGUAACAGAGGAAGAAGAGGAGGAAAUAAAACUUGAAAUAAACAUGCUGAAGAAGUAUUCCCACCAUAGAAAUAUUGCCACAUAUUAUGGGGCAUUUGUAAGGAAAGGUUUGGCAGGCCAGGAUGAUCAACUAUGGCUGGUGAUGGAAUACUGUGGAGCAGGCUCAGUCACAGAUUUGGUGAAAAAGACCAAAGGCAACUGCUUCAAAGAAGACUGGAUUGCAUACAUCUGCAGAGAAGUUCUAAGGGGUUUGGCACACCUCCACGCGCACCAUGUAAUUCAUCGGGAUAUUAAAGGGCAAAAUGUUUUGCUGACAGAAAAUGCAGAAGUAAAGCUGGUGGAUUUUGGCGUGAGUGCUCAGCUGGACAGGACCAUAGGGAGAAGAAACACUUUCAUCGGAACGCCAUACUGGAUGGCACCCGAGGUCAUAGCAUGUGAUGAAAACCCAGACUCAACAUAUGAUUAUAGAAGUGAUCUCUGGUCUUUGGGAAUAACGGCAAUCGAAAUGGCAGAGGGAGCUCCCCCCCUGUGUGAUAUGCACCCUAUGAGAGCCCUGUUCCUUAUCCCCAGAAACCCUCCACCAAAGCUGAAAUCAAGAAAAUGGUCAAAGAAAUGCAUUAAUUUUGUUGAUAGCUGCCUCGUUAAAAAUUACUCCCACCGACCCUCCACUGACACUCUGCUAAAGCAUGCUUUCGUUCGAGACCUACAGAAUGAAAGGCACAUCCGCAUCAUGCUUAAAGACCAUCUGGAUAGGGCAAGGAAAAAGAAAGGAGAGAAAGAUGAAAACGGCUAUGAGUACAGUGGGAGUGAGGAAGAAGAUGAUGAACUCAAUGAAGAUGAAGGAGAGCCAAGCUCCAUUGUUAAUCUUCCCGGCGAAUCGACUCUGCGGCGUGAGUUCUUGCGACUGCAGCAGGAAAACAAGAACAGAUCAGAUCCUCCGAGACCGCAGCAAUUACAGCAGCAGCAACUAAAGGACCAGGAGAAAUACAAAAUGCAGCUCCAGGCCGAACGCCAAAAGCGAAUCGAGCAGCAGAAGGAGCAAAGGAAAAAGCUGGAGGAUUACCAAAGGAGAGAAAGAGAUCUGCAAAAGUGCCAGGAAUAUCAGCCAAAAUGGCCAGAGAUGAAAGAAGAUGCAAAAAGUGAAGGAAAAAAAAGAGAAGACAGGAAGUGUGCAGAACAGGAUAGAUGCCUUUUUAAUGACGCAUAUGAUAAAAAUGACAGGAAACAGCACGAAAAUCUAAAGCAUAAAGUGGAUUAUGGUGAAAAGAAGAAAACAGAAGUGUCACAGCAUGGAGGGAGGCCAGAGGAAAGCCAAACCCAAAAGAAAUUCCAUCGCACUUUACCCAAGGAUCAGACGCAGCUUCUGUUUCUCCAGCAUGAUCACAAGGAAAAGAACCUUGAACCACAAAGAAAUAUCUCAAAUCAUAUACCUGUUGGCAUCAGUUUGGAGAUGCAAGAAAAGAAAAAGACCAGUGCUGAUCAGAGCAACAUUAAAUGGCCAGUUCUUAUGCACCCAGCACACACAAGGCUUGGGUCAGGAAGCAGUUCCAGUCCAUGCACGCCAGCAUUACCACGAGCUGCACUACCAGAGAAUGAGAAUCUCCGCUCCAGUAGAGACAAUCACUACAGUAGCUCCCUGUCUGACAUGGCCAUAACUCCUCUGACUCCUGGAAUGGAUGAUGUGUUCUGGGGGGCCAUAAUCAAUGAAGAGCCACCUCCCAAGGUUCCUUUAAGAACGACAUCCAAGUUUUACAACAAAGAUAUCCAGGGCCACCAAAGAUGUCCAUCUGGCAGUAUCCUUCACAGGUCUCAAAAGGAACAGCCUGAAAAAUCCCACAGCAGUCGAGGUUCAGCAGGAAGCAGCAGCCAAAGCAACAGAAUACCAUCAGGGUCCUCCAAAGAGAGUCAACUGCUACAGAACCACCACAUCCCACAGUUCAGAAAGCCAGAAAAUGUACCACUUCCAGAUGCCCACAAGAUAUUGAGUCCCAGUUUUAUAGGCAGAGGGAAGGACAGUCCACACUUAAAAGCAUCAUAUUAUUCAUCAUCCAGCGACGAGAUGGGCAGCAGUGACGAUGAUAUCCAGAAGAAAAGGAAACCACUGAGCAAUGGCAUGAAUGUAUUAAGGCCAAGAAUCCCUGAUGGAGUUACAGAGAAACCUCAAAGAAACAUACUUGAAGAAAAGGUAGCUGAAAAGCAAAGUUGUAGCAACAACCAUGGAAUCUGGAGCUCCUACAAUCAAAAUUAUCUCCUGCCAGAUCUCUUACAGAGCCAUCCUCCAGAAACGUCAGUUAUUCCACAUAAAACUCCUCAAAACUGCCAGGCACUUUUGAACAAAUCUUUAAAUGAUCAGGCCCCUCAUGGUGAAAAUGUGCAGCAGAAAAACAGCUCAUCAUCUACAGCAUCAUUUAGCCCAUUUAUUGACCCGAGGCUUCUUCCAGCAUCUCCCCCAACAAGCCCAAGUGGAUGCUCGCCUAUCUCAAAAGUGGAACCUUUCAGGAGAGAGAAUGCAAGAAAAGGAUCAGUUGUCAAUGUUAAUCCAACGAACAUUAGACCUCAGAGUGACAGCCCAGAGAUUCGGAAGUAUAAGAAGAAGUUUAAUUCGGAGAUACUGUGUGCAGCUCUCUGGGGCGUCAAUCUGCUGGUUGGAACAGAACAUGGCCUGUGGUUACUGGACAGGAGCGGACAGGGAAGGGUUUAUCCGCUCAUUAGCAGAAGACGAUUUUACCAAAUGGAUGUUCUUGAAGGUCUAAAUAUUUUGAUAACUAUAUCGGGUAAGAAGAACAAACUAAGGGUUUAUUAUUUAUCUUGGCUGAGGAACAAGAUCCUGCGGAAUGAUCCAGAUGUGGAGAAACGGCAAGGCUGGGUAUCAGUAGGAGAUCUGGAAGGCUGUGUACACUACAAAGUCGUAAAAUACGAGAGGAUAAAAUUCCUAGUCAUUGCAUUGAAGAACUCUGUGGAAGUAUAUGCAUGGGCACCAAAACCAUAUCAUAAAUUUAUGGCUUUUAAGUCAUUUUCAUCUCUUCAUCAUAAACCAUUAUUCGUUGACCUUACAGUGGAGAAUGGUCAGAGGCUGAAGGUUAUAUAUGGUUCAGCAGUGGGAUUUCAUGCAAUUGAUGUUGAUUCAGGGACAGCAUAUGACCUCUAUCUUCCUACACAUAUGCAAGGGAAUAUUCACCCACAUGCUAUCAUCAUUCUCCCCAACACAAAUGGCAUGGAACUGUUGGUGAGCUACGAAGAUGAAGGAGUUUACAUUGAUACAUAUGGACGCUUCACAAAAGAAACAAUUUUGCAGUGGGGGGAAAUGCCUGCCUCUGUCGCUUACCUCCAGUCUAACCAGAUCAUGGGUUGGGGAGAGAAAGCAAUUGAACUUCGGUCUGGUGAAACCGGAAGCUUAGAGGGUGUCUUCAUGCACAAGAAGGCUCAAAAGCUGAAAUUUCUAUGUGAAAGAAAUGACAAGGUGUUUUUUUCUUCGGUGCAAUCUGGAGGCUGCAGUCAGAUUUAUUUUAUGACACUUGGACAAAAUGUCCUAUUCAACUGGUGAGCCUGAAACUGCAUGUUCUGGAUAGCAAAACUGUUGUCAGAAUUGGGUGAUCAUUGUUAAAUGGGGCAUAUUAAGCCUUCCCUAAAACUAGGCACUCUUGCCCGCUUAGCUGUAGGCAUCCCAACCUUAAGUACAGGGGCCGAAGAACCUGAUUUUGUACAGUGUUGCUGCAAGAAUCCAUCUCUGUUGCUGCUGGACAACACAUUUAGAUAAUGAUAAUAUGCUGAAAAAUGCAAGAUGCUGUAGUCUGGCAACAUUUGGGUAGAGCGUCACUGCUAUAGAAGGUUUGUUACCCUUAAACAACAAGCUGACAACUUGCCGGCUCCUGCACAUGGCGGAUGUGUUUAUUUGAUGUCAUCUUGCAAAAUAAAUGCACUGGAAAAUGUAGCAUUCAAAUAUUUAUAAUCCUUGGUGCUAGGUCGUGAUCUUGCACAAGUACCAACCAUAUCAGCAAUAUUUUGGAAUGUUGGCUGGACAGCCUGACAAAGCUUCCUGUGAGGUGUAUUGCAUUUUAUGAUGAUUAUUAUGGUUUAUUUAUAAAGCGGCAACAUAUCUUACAGCGUUGUACAGGGUUACUGGGGUAACAACAACAUAAAUAGGCAAAGAAAUUAGGUGUUAGAUGCCAUCAUCUACAUCUUUUACUGAAGCUGAUAUAACAGCACCAGUGUUCGUGUCCAUCAUGCUUAGAAUUCAGUGUUAGUCAUUCUAAUAAAGAAGAGCACUAAAUGAAUUCUGAAUUUCUGACUAAUGCUAAACUACAAGAUUUUGCACUUUUUGGCCGUGGAACUGUGUGCACCAAUUUAGCUAUGUUGACACUGUAAUGAAAAAAAAAUCUUACUUGAAGGCCACGCAGUUCUAUUACAUUUUCGCGGUCCUGUAUCCUGCAAUGUAAAAUAUGAUUGUAAUAUAGUUUAAAUGACAUUUCAGUUAUCUAAAGCAGCGGUUGAAAAUGUAAUCAAUCAUGCACACAGAUGCACAUCACUUUGGCAAAUGUAAAUAGUUCUUUAAUAUGCAUGCCAAUGUGGUUACAUAAAACUAAAGAAAUAAAACUCAUAAAUACAAUAUCUAGUAUAUUGUAAAUGCUUGGAGAUAAAGGUUAUAUCAUUUCAAUAUAAUAAUUCAGGAGAAACACAUGUCGUCUGCUGUAGGGCUGCCAUAUAAAAAUGCAUAUAAAAUACACAAACCUUAGCAUAAUUACAAGCAUUAAAAUUAAUAUAUUUAAAUACGUAUUUUUAUUAUCCUUCAACUAAUACAUUCUCAUAACCUGUAUUGUACUUAAAUCCAUCAAUUAAUACAAAGAUAAUAGUACUUGUAGCAUUUGCAUGAUAACCUCUUUUUCUUUAGAGCACCAAAGUGGCUUGAGAAACAAACAGAAAUAAUUCCAAGCAAAUAGAAUUAUCCACCACCUUUAGUCAUGGCAAAUGACUCUAAAUUGCAUGGUGAUACCACUGAAUACCCCCAAUCAUAAAUUCCCAGUGAGAUACUGAAAUGCCCCCACCCAAAUUCAUACCUGGGAAGUAAAAUAAAAUUACAUCCUGUGACCCUUUCACUCCCUACAUGGCUGUGAGAUAUAGUAUUAGAGAGGAGUCCUGGAUGAAUCUCCGAAGUGUGCACCCAGAAAAAAAGGCCUUUGUUAUCUAAAAAGAAAGAAAGUAAAAAAAAGAUAUCUGUCAAAGUUGUCUUCUUUGCACCCGAGCGCCCUCCAAAUCCAUUUUGAACUGUAACCAUUUAUAGGCAGAUCAACACUCCCUAUAAAGGUUCCAUUAGUUUGAAUUUUUGUACUGGAAAUGAAAGAUAUGUUUAGAUGACAGUCACUAAAUUGUUCCCACGUUGUGUGUUUUUUUGUCCAAUUGGUAUUGAUGUGCUUAUUCUCAGUUUACCAUAUCUACUUCUGUAAGAUAAAUAAGGCUAGAGAGUUUUUACAAACAGGUAAUAUAGGCAUAUAAUAAAUAUCAUAAAAUAUAAUAUUAUAUAACUGUAUUUGUGCAUCAACAUUUCUUCUAACUGUGGCACCAUUUAUAUGUCUUCUUCUCUGAUUCCUUCUGUCCUAAACAUGUUUUACUGUGCUCCAAAAUAUUUCAGUCCCCAAGACUAUAAUAGAUACUUAAACCCAUAAGUUACUUGCAGACAUUGCAUUACAGGAGAGCACUGUUGCCCAAGAGAUUUGAUGGUCUCAGCCAAAAGAAAGAUGUACCAAUUUUAUGAGCACAUAAUCACUUCCCUAUGACUAUGAAGGCAUAACUUAUUGCAAGGACAAAUUCUUGCUCUCUGUAUAUUUGUAUUAUACCCAUGGUCAGGAGCUACUAAACUGCAUGUUUCCCAGAAAGCAUUCAACAGAUUAAAACAGUAACACUGGGCCCAGACUGACAAUCUGUAGAUUCUGGCUAAUGCUACAGGGGCUGCUAUAGGAAGCCAUAGACAGCACUAUUUACAUCUGUCUACAUCAAAUGUCAGGGCCUAUUUUAAAUUCUAGGCCAGACCUGAGCAGCACAAUCUAUUUAUUUACCACAAUAAAUGCUGUUUAUUAGUAUAGAUACAUAAAUAUGGCUGCUAACAUUUUAUGUAAAGAUUAGAUAUGUUGUUUUGGGUACACAAAAAGCUAUCCCUUGUAUUACUGGGUUUUUAAAGAAUGGGGUCAGUAGCAUACUGGCCUAACAGGAUAUUCUGGUGAGCCCCAACCUAAAACAAUACCAAACAAACCUAUAGAGCAUUUGGCACUAUCUAAUUCUGUAAGAGUGGACCCAGAGUGUAAGCGUCUCUAGUGGGGUUUAGGAGACCCAGCCCAACACUGAAAGUGGAAACAACCUGCUUGUAGAGCCAUUUGACAGAAUAUGCACUAGCUCAGUACAUUACUAUUAAAAAAGAAAACUCUUUAAAUGAGAACUAUACACCCAGGCACUAAAAGCCCCCUUAACUAUCACUGCCUUGACCCCCCUCACCUCUCCCUUAUCGCAUAGUUUCUAAGUUUAAAUACUGUCCCUAUUGCUAACCCCUAGCUA